CUUUGUUUUAACCCUGAACCACAGACCCACUCUUGCUGUCGUACUACCUAGUAGCCGGACGGGACGUAAGCCAAACAGCCAAUAAGCAUUGCCCUAAAACCAAUCACACUAACCAAGCUCCCUUGCUCCUUUCCUAAAGCAGACUAGAAUGACGUCGUCUCGAGAUAUCGGACGAGCUCGAGAGCAUUCGGUAACUAGACGAAAGCACCACCAUCUACACGAACUACAAGUCAUCAACUCCAAGAACUUAUACCAACAGCUCAAUCCGCAACCAUGGCCGCCGCAGAAGUAUGCCCCGUCGUUGGAACCACAAACCACACUCUACCGCCCUCGCACCCGGAUAUCGACCUCUCCAAGCCAGGCCAGACAUGUCCUGUCGUCGGUGCUAAGACAGAGCACCACACAAAACUGCACCAACACCCGUCCGUCCCUAGCGGCGAGAUCUCCGCAACUACUCAGUCUGUCGGCUCGGCCGAUGCGCAGGCCUGUCCCGCACUGAGAAGCGUUGUCAAUGAGGCUAAGAGCAAGGAGAUGGACGACCGCGUGUGUCCCGUUGUCGGACCCGUAACCACAGUCCUACCCCCGGACCACCCUAGCACAGCUAACAAGGCCGACGGAGACGUGUGUCCGGUGACGAAAGCCAAGGUCGGCCACCACAAGGACAAGGUCGUCGUUCACCCCCAGGUUGAAGGAUCAUCGGGUGUCUGCCCCGUGACGGGAGCGAAACAGACGUGAACUCUUAGAGAUUGAUGGAUGGAUUUGUACUAUCUAGUCUCGAUACGGCGUUUUUUUGGUUAGGAUAAUAGGAAUACGGGCUUGUACGCUAUAUGUUUACCGAUGAUAAGCUGUCUUACUGGUCACGCCUAACAUGUGAUGAGCUAUUCCUGUAUGAGUAUAAAACAUAUAAGUGAGCAGGCAAAGUAUAUAACUAUGAGGUUACAAGUUUGUUUCAUAACUCAAUUCGUGGUCAUAUCUUUGUACAUAGUGCGUGACGCUUGAAGAAAAGUGUCCGAGUGCGUUCACCUGAUCAGGACAAAUAGUUUGAAUGUGGAUGUUGAAAAUUGUCGGAGAGCAUUACAUUUUCAUAUAAACUGCCGCUAUUAUUUCAUAAGCUAGUGUAAGUAAU